AUGUACAAGGCAAAUUUGGAGGAAGAUCCCAACAUGUCCAUGAGGAGUAUGAGACAGAUAAUUUCAAAAAAUAUGGGAAUUGGCGAGUCAACUGUGCACAGGACAAUUAAUGAAUACAAGGAAUCAUGUACAGUGACUUCUCCGAAACGCAAAAGGGUAAGAGAAAAUGUUUUCCAUUUAUACGAUGACUUUUCGAGAAACGCAGUCGGUAGACAUGUCCAUAAUAUUUGGUUUCGACGUGAAAUUCCAACCAUCGAUAAAAAAGUUUCUGAUGACAAAAGUUUACCGGCUAUAUCGCGAACUAAUUUGUUCAAACUUAUUAAAGAUCUGGAUUUCCGUUAUUGUAAGCGCAGUCGUAAUAGUGCUCUAACUGAAAAAAACGAAAUCGUUGUAUGGCGUAGACGAUAUUUACGGGCAAUACGAGAAUACCGAGAACAGGGUCGUCACAUUUAUUAUUUAGACGAGACAUGGGUAAAUGCUGGCGAAUGCCCAAAUAAGGUAUGUGUAGAUUCAACAAUACAAUCCCACCGUGAUGCAUUCCUUAAGGGGCUCACAGCCGGUGCUCCGGCUCCAAGUGGCAAAGGUAAACGCCAUAUUGUUCUACACAUCGGUUCCGAAGAUGGAUUUGUUCCCGGUGGGUUGUUAUGUUUUGAAUCGAAAAAAAAUUCAUGGGAUUAUCAUGAUGAGAAGAACGGUCAGACAUUUUAUGAUUGGAUGGAAAACAUUUUACCUCAACUGCGAGACAACUGUGUUAUAGUGACGGACAGCGUAAAUCACUCGGUAAAGAAAGACAAAUCACCGACAUCGUCUACAAGGAAGGCCGAAAUAAUAAAAUGGUUAGAAGAUAAAGGCGAGGUCGUUGAUUAUACCAUGGUUAUCCCAGAAUUAUUGGAAAUUGUUAAAAGAAUCAAGCCACUUCAUAACAAGUAUGUGAUAGACGAACUCGCCAAAGCUAGUAAUAAAACAAUUUUGAGACUACCUCCUUACCACUGCGAGCUCAAUCCCAUUGAACUCGCGUGGUCAUCUAUUAAGAAUCAAGGUAUAGAACGAGUAGAUCAAGUAAUGUGGAAAAACUUUAUACAGUAUACAAUAAAAGAAGAAAAAUUUUUUUGGGAAAUUGACAAUAUUGUAGACGAAGUGUUGGCAGCGGAAACAUCAAAUUUGACAUUGACAAUUACCGGUGACACAUCGUCAGAUUCUGAGUCCGAAUCUGACUAA